AUGGAAACUCUAGAAGCCCCAAGCAGGCAAAGCAUCGGCUUACCUUCAAUCAACCACAUGGAUGCCGACAGAGUCAAGCGCGAAGAGGUCGAGUACCAGAGGAAACGCCAGGCUGUCUCCAUGUCCAGCCCGUUACACCCUUAUGGCGGACCUUUGCAUCUGCACAUCAAUCACCAGUCUUCAAUCGCCAGCGCAGUACCCGGCUCGCUUGGAGGCUUGCUGUCUCCUCCCGAAUCACGCCGGACGUCUGGCGAUGAAAAAGACUCGCAGCGACCGACACCGCGCCAGUCGCUUCCAUCGAUACAUGAGGCCCUGGGCUCUGAGCAGCCGUCACUAUCGUUUUCUACCACUGUGCCUCCACCUUCAUCCAUCACCUCAGCUCCUCAACAUUAUCCCGCACCAUCUGCAAAUACUUCUCCUGCUACCCAAAGGCCCCGCCACUCGCCGUCUGACCUUCAGCACGCCGGUCAGGGACCAUCAAAUCCAUUCUCGCACUCCAGAAGCCCAUUUCCUCCUACAUCGCAAGCAGGCCCACCUCUACCACCCCAGGCACAGCAAGAGUCCUUCCCUCGUGCUCCAUAUUCCGAACCAAGGCCACCGUAUUCGACUCCCCAGCACACCCAGAAGCUACCGGCUCUCCAUCCACUCAAAACCGCGCCAUCCCCACCAACGAGCGCUGCUCGCCCUCCUUAUUCAUCAUAUCCGCCAUCCGCAGCCACCUACGAGAGCGCUGCCCCUCCAUCAGCGGGACCAAUGAGCCAGCACCACCCUUAUUCACAAUAUCCUCCUGGCUAUCCUCCGUCGGCCCAGUCUGCAAGUGCUCCCAACUCGGCCUACCCCCCUGCAUCUUCAACAUAUUCUGCUCCGCCCCGAUAUCCUCAGCAAACAUGGCAAGAUAACGCGGAAAUGGCUCGUCUGGAAGAGAAGAAGAUUGGCCGUGCAAGUCUAGCCCCUUAUGGUGAAUCAGUGAAGCGCCACCUCGAGAGCUUCGAUCUAGAGGCCUCAUUAAACGAGAUGGCCGAUGGAUCUGGGAACAUUGCUGAGUUCUCAAAAAUCUACCGCCAACGGGCGCACGAGAACCAGCGUAUCGGCUUAACACCACAAUCCAUGCCAAGAUUAGAAGAAGUGGACGAUAUGCUAAAGCAAAGCGAGAGGAUUCACAUGUCUCUCCAGCGCAUGCGAGAUGUUGUCUUCAAUCAUCAUCAAGCAAGCAUCGUGGAACCCCCACAAGAUCCGCGCUAUCGACCGGUCAACGGUUAUGAUGACAACAGCAGCAAUUAUGGAGACGACACCAAGGGACUCGGUGGCUUCGCCGGCGGCGACAACAAGACAAGAAAACGAGGCAUCAAUAGCGAGCUGCUCCCCCAGGCCGAUGUCAUAGUUGCAAUCGAGCAGAGACGCCAGAGUGGCGACGAGGGCCAGAUGGUGCCCGAACUCUGUGCAAUGCUUGUGGUCUACAUUAUGCAAAGUUGA